AUGUCUGGGAGAGGAAAGGGCAGUGGGAAAACUCGCGCUAAAGCGAAGUCUCGGUCGUCCCGGGCUGGCCUGCAGUUCCCGGUGGGCCGUGUUCACAGGCUCCUGAGAAAGGGCAACUAUGCUGAGCGUGUGGGUGCCGGAGCGCCGGUCUAUCUGGCUGCGGUGCUGGAGUAUCUGACGGCUGAAAUCCUGGAGCUGGCCGGCAACGCGGCCCGGGACAACAAGAAGACCCGCAUCAUCCCCAGGCACCUGCAGCUGGCCGUGCGCAACGACGAGGAGCUCAACAAGCUGCUGGGAGGGGUGACCAUCGCUCAGGGUGGGGUGCUGCCUAAUAUCCAGGCCGUGCUGCUGCCCAAGAAAACCGAAGGCGCCAGCAAAGGCAUUCUCUGUGCGAUAGUGACAAUGUCUGGGAGAGGAAAGGGCAGUGGGAAAGGUCGCGCCAAGGCGAAGUCUCGGUCGUCCCGGGCUGGCCUGCAGUUCCCGGUGGGCCGUGUUCACAGGCUCCUCAGAAAGGGCAACUAUGCUGAGCGUGUGGGUGCCGGAGCGCCGGUCUAUCUGGCUGCGGUGCUGGAGUAUCUGACGGCUGAAAUCCUGGAGCUGGCCGGCAACGCGGCCCGGGACAACAAGAAGACCCGCAUCAUCCCCAGGCACCUGCAGCUGGCCGUGCGCAACGACGAGGAGCUCAACAAGCUGCUGGGAGGGGUGACCAUCGCUCAGGGAGGGGUGCUGCCUAAUAUCCAGGCCGUGCUGCUGCCCAAGAAAACUUCCGCUGCUGGAUCUGCUAAAAAAUGAAGAGAUCAUCCUUGAAUCUGACGGCCCAAAGGCUCUUUUAAGAGCCACUCACAGCAUCUGUGAAAGGAACUGAACUCUGUCGGGUUGAAUUACUUUCCUUUAUAUCUAGCCGUUAUACCUAACAUUGCUACAUUUAUAUCUCCUUUUCAUUGGAUAUUGUUCCUGGCGGUGGCAGCAGAGGAAGAUUAUAGCAUUGAAUACGACUAUAAGAGUGCCUGGAACUACUCUAUUCCUCAUUGCACGGUCACUUCCUCAGUAACCUUUAUGUUUGAUCAAUGAGUCUAGAAUAGUGUCACGGAUGUUCCCGAUCGGGUUUGGCUUCACGUUUCCUUUAAUGCAUCAAUAAGAGCUGAAUUCUCCCACUCUGUCGCUGCAGCAUACACCUCUUCAAUCCAAUCCAUUCUCAGCUCGGUUCAUUUCA